AGAGCCUUUCAGUUCUCAUCGUGAACGUGUGAAUUUAAAAUUAAAAAAAAAUAGCUAUGAGUUUCGCUGACCGGUUUCAAUAGAUUGAGGCAAAUUGUUAUUUAAAAUUCUAAACUUCUAAAUAGUUGCUAAAUUUACAAUUUCGCACGUAUUACCACUUAAAUAUCAUACAUUUCAUACGACAAUGCUGACAAGAAGGAAGACCAGGCAGGGGUUAAAUGGGCAAAGGGAAAGGUCACCCACCACAGCGGAUGAUACAGAUUGCGAGGCAAUGUUGAAAGCCAUGAUGAAUCCCAUCGUUCUGGACAGGGUUUUUUCUUCCUUAUCCAUUCCCGACUUGAAAUCAGCCCGGCUAGUUUGUCAAACAUGGAAUACGCAGGGUGGUGCUCGCGCCGUAAGGAAAAAUACGUUUCUCAACCUCAAGAAAACCUGGCCCUGCUGUAACCUUUUCCGUCCCAGGCCUCCACCAUUUCACCCCAAUCUUGCCAAAAGGAUAAAAAUUACUGACAAAUGUUCCUGCCCCCAAAAGGCCAUCAAAACAUCAAAACAAAUUGGACAUCAAAACAAAUUGGACAAAGCUUUUUUCAGGAACCUUCCUACAUUUGUUGCACUAAUUCAUGGCAGUGUGGAAGAAAUGAUACUUUUCGCUAGCCACCACUUCCUCGCCGAACUCCCCAGGAUGAUGUACAGCCAUAAAUUUUCAAACCUAAAAUACCUCUGCAUCACGCCGACUCAUUCAAGUGGGAAUAAUGUCACUGUACUCGAUCUUCAAAAUAAGAUCCUGCUGCCUUCUUUGAUAUCAUUCACGGUCAAUAUUAAAUGCCGUUUUGCCGACUCACGACUUCCUAUUCAACAAUUUGUACUCGACAUGGCGCCAAAUUUGGAAACGGUGAUUUUACCGAUAGGAGAACGCCCAAGUUUUAAGAAGUGUCCAAAGGUGAAAAUCCUCCAUUACGAUCAUAAGGGCGACAUGGACCAGAUGGAGAGAGCUGUCGAGUAUGUCGACAUUGACGAAAUUGUCGCAAUGUUGGAACCUAUAAAAAAUUCUCUGAUAAAUUUGAAACUUUGGGUGGGAAGUGGCACGAAAAGGGACGACCAAAAUGUGUACAACCUCCCCCAGCUGCCAAAUUUGACCUCGCUCAGCCUCCACUGUUACCAGGAUAAAAGCCCCAUCCAUGGCUUCCUACGGCCAGAGAUAUGCCCAAACCUGAAACAUAUUUCUUUAAGGAUGACCGACGUUGGGGAUACGUUGCCAGCGAGCAUUGGGACAUUUUGGCAAAAUCAGAUGAAAAAUAUCGAAUCUCUUGAUUUGAAAUACUUACACCGCUCGGGUUACUGGAAUAUUUCGAAAAUUGUGGAAAUAUUUCCAUCUGUCAAGAAAUUCAACUUGGAGUUAAAAAUGCGUGUGCUUGUAUUUGACAGUGACGAAGACAUAUCGACACAUGGCGGGGCUCAGGGGGUGUGGAAAAGUCGUUUACGGGAAGAAUUAAAAGCUCUACAGGUUUGGAAGUUGGAUCCCGCAAAUGUCAAGAUCUUCGUUGUGAGGGAUGUUAACCAUGUUAAAGCAGUCCUUGAAGGGAUGUCAGCUUGGAGCGGGAAAAAGACAGUCGCCUUCAACCGCAACUUUUCCAACUAUGACAGUGAUCCUGUUGAAAAAACUUUCACAAUGACUGAUGCAUACUCAUUCUCUGAGUGUUUCGAAAGAGUAGAAUUCCGUGGAUUUGAUACUUGCUAUGACCCGCGGGGUGAUGCAAUGAUGAAAGCGUUCGCUGAGGGUCGUCCUCGUGACAAGAAUCUCGUGGUUGAUAGAAAGGAAAGUUUGUAAAAUGUCAUUUUUAUAUUUAAUGAACUUGUUUGACGUAACUCACGUAACAUAUAUAUUUCAUUUUCUUUACAUAGUUUUACUACGUAUUUAUUUAGUCUGAAAUAUACAUAAGAUAAUUAUUUUGUGUAAUAAUUUCACAAACAAGUUUAUAUUCGUGGUUUUUGAUAUUUUAAACAUAUUAAUUCAGUUAGUGAGGGCGCAUUUGAAUUGAUAUGCAUUAAAUGAAUAAUCCAUUAUCAAGAUUUUAUCAUUAAUUCAUGUAUGGCGUAUUCAUUCUGGAUUAAUUAAUCCUGAUCAAUUCAAAGAUUUUUGUGAAAAAAUAUUCUUGAUCUUGCCAUUCAAUUUGUAUACAUUACACUCUGAACAAUUUAUACUAUGCAAACAAUCCUUGGAGCAAUUUCCACUGAUACUUGACCAAAUUUUUAUUAUUUCUGGCCAAUAUCCUAAAAUUCGUAAUAAAUUCACAUAU